AUGGAUACUUACAGGAGAAGAUUUCGUGUUCUGUUGAUUGGCUCCGGGGCGCGCGAGCAUGCUUUGGCAUGGCGAAUGUCCUAUGCGCCGUCGGUAGAGCACGUCUUCGUCUGCCCCGGAAACGGGGGCACGAUGCAAUCGAGAAAGAUUACCAACAUUGUCCAAACGCACGAAAUUAAGGAUUGCGACUAUUCAUCUCUGGUUUCUCUCGCCGAAAAGCUCAGAAUCGGCUUGGUCGUCGUCGGCUCCGACAACCCAGCCGUCGACGACAUGGAGGCAUACUUCCGAGAGAAGGGGAUCCCGUGCUUCUCUCCUUCAAAAGAAGCUGCAAGAAUUGGGGGAGACAAGACGUACGCCAAGAAUUUCAUGGGAAAGUACCGUAUCCCGACGGCUCCCUGGCGGAGUUUUGACUUGAGCACCCCCCAAGGCUUCGAAUCAGCUGUGCUAUACAUUGAAAAGACCGAGCACGAUGUCGUUCUCAAAGCCAACGGGCCGACGGAAGGCAAAGGCGUCAUGCUCCCCGCCUGCCGGCAGGAGGCGCAUCGGAUGCUGAAUAUCUUUGCCCAAGGCAAAUUCGGCCCCGCCGGACGGACUGUCGUUGUUGAAAGGUGUCUCGAGGGCGAAGAAGUAAGUGUCUCGACAUUCAGCGACGGCACGACAUUCCGCACUCUCCCGCCAGGUCAAGACCAUAAACGGCUCUGCGAUGGCAACGUCGGCCCCAACACCCGUGGAAUGGGCGUCUGUGCUCCGACCCCAAUUGUGACCCCGAGGAUCAUGUCUGAAAUUGAAAAGUUCAUCUUGAAGCCUACAUUUGACGGCUUGCGUGCUGAAGGUCGUACAUUUCGAGGUCUCCUUUCUACGAGGAUCAUGAUUACUCCGCUGGGCCCGCAUGUUCUCGGAUACAAUGCUCGAUUCGAAGAUCCAGAAACACAGAGUCUGAUGCUUUUACUAUCAAAUGAAACAGAUCUUGCGGAAGUAUUUUUCGCAUGUACGCAAGGGUCCCUGCACACGACUGAAAUGAAUAUCAGCCCUGGUUACGCUUGCAGCGUUGUCAUAUCCGCUUUGGGAUACCCUGGGUCAUACUUGACGGACAACGUGAUACGAAUUGGCGCGGUUCGUUCUCCACACAUUUAUAUAUUCCAUGGGGAUACAAAGAGUGCGGAAGGUGACGUCCUCAAGUCAACAGGCGGCAGGGUUAUCUCUGUUGCAGCAGUUGGUGAUACAUUGGAGCAGGCAGUCAAACUUGCAUACGAGGGGGUGGCGAGCGUAAGAUUCGAGGAAAUGCAUUUCCGCACUGACAUUGCUAGCCGUCUCUUGCGAAGACGUUAA